AUCCAAGCUGCAUUCCUUUACUACAGUUCCAUGCUGGAGAAGAACCUGCGUCAGUUGAUGGAAUCUGUGGAUGACGUGGCCAUGGAUGCUAACCGCUACCUCAAUUUCCAGAGACAGGCUGCGAAACAGAAGUUACAGAAAAGCCAAUACAUUCAGAAAAGGGCCUCGGAGAAUGCACAGCGAACACAGCACGGUGAGGCGCCACUUCCUGAAGAGGACAUCAACAGAUUGUUUAAACCUCUUCAGCCCAUGGAACGCCUCCACAGCCUCCUUCUGGCGGGGCAGAUUGACAACUAUUGUGCGCAAGUUGGAGACUUUGCAUCACAGAGCUUAGGCAAAUUGUUCCUGUCAGAGAGCUUGAAAAAUAAGCCGGCAGAUAAUUAGACAUUGAAUAUUGUCACCUACGAAUAACUUUCUACUCUGGAGAAAGGAUAAUCUUAAACACAUUGAUAAGACUUUUCAACAUCUGACCUUAUAAUGCCGUCGCCAUUUUAUACGCUCGAUAUUUCAAUACAGAAUGUAAAAGCUGCGAGAUGGAAAAUAAAUUAUUUCCAAAUGAAAGA